GGGCAUCUCUUUUCCUUGUAGUUGAGGUUCACGCCUGACCAAAGUCACUCGUUCGCACUCGUUUGCUUCUCUUUUCACCUAGAGAUGCGGUGGUGCCGCCUUUGGGCCAGCCUAGCCCUGGUGGCUGCCCAGGUUGAGGCAAAGGCCGUGUUUGCCCACUUCAUGGUUGGCAACACCAAGGACUAUUCAGAGACGGACUGGCAAAAUGACAUGCAGCUUGCCCAAGAGGCCCACAUUGACGGGUUUGCGCUCAACAUAGCCAACGAAGCCAGCGUGGUUCGGCCGCUCCUGGACAAGGCGUUUUGGGUGGCCAACAAGCUGGGAUUCAAGCUCUUCUUUUCCUUCGACUACGCCGGCCUUGGGCCGUUUGAGAAGCAGACAGUCAUCGACCUCUGUAACGACUACUGCAACAAUGGGGCCUAUUACCGAACCGACGGAAAGCCCCUGCUCAGCACCUUUGAGGGCCCCGAUCAGGCCGACGACUGGCACGAUAUUAAGGCAGCCACCGGCGGACUCUUCAUUCCGGACUGGUCGUCCAAGGGCGCAAAGGCGGCCUUGGAGCUGAGCAACGGCGUGGCAGACGGCUUGUUCAACUGGGCAGCCUGGCCGUGGGGCGACCAAGACAUGAACACAUAUGUCGAUGCGUCGUACAAGCUGUUCUUGAAUGGCAAGCCGUACAUGAUGCCGGCGUCGCCGUGGUUCUACACAAACCUGCCUGGAUACGACAAGAACUGGCUCUGGAGGGGCGACGACAUGUGGUUCGACCUGUGGAACCAAAUCAUCUUCAACCAGCCCGAGUUCGUCCAGCUCAUCUCGUGGAACGACUACGGCGAGUCGCACUACAUCGGCCCCCUGAGGCCCGGCAAAGCCAUGGAGGCCUUUACCAUUGGCCGUGCGCCCUUCAACUAUGUCGAGGGCUACCCGCACGACGGAUGGCGAGCCUUUCUGCCCUACGUCAUCGACCUGUACAAGAGUGGCCAGGCCACCAUCACCAGGGAGGGCGUCGUCGGCUGGUGGAGGCGCUCUGCCGCCAACGCAUGCAACGAUGGGCGCACCACGGGCAACACAGCCAGCCAGCUGCUGCUGGAAUUCCCGCCGUCGCUGGUAAUGCAGGACAAGAUCUUCUUUUCGGCGCUGCUGGGCUCCGACGCGUCCGUGUCGGUGACGGUCGGGGGCGUGCCUGUGCCGGCAGCGUGGACCGACAAACCCGACGGAGACGUGGGCAUCUACCACGGCCACGCCAACUUCACAGCUGGCAACGCGGGAGACGUCGUCAUCACGGUGAGCCGCGGCAGCUCGACGGUUGCUGCCGUCAAUCCUGGGGCCAACGGGGCCAUUGGCACCUCGUCGUGUGUGGGCGGACUGACCAACUGGAACGCGUUUGUCGACAUGGGCUGCAUCAAGGCAACUGGUAUUGGCAACUUCAAGGGCCUCUGCGAAUUCCUUCGCGAGAGAGAUUAUUGCCCUGUCGGUGCCUGUCUCUGCCAGGCCAUGGGCAGUCCCAGGCCUGAGCCCUCGACCCACGGGCUCUGCGCUGAGGGCUGUAGGAUGGGCUACUGCCCGACAGGCAUCUGCGCUGAGGAGCCGGGCCCGCUCACAACGCCAACCGUCUCGCCCUUCACCCCACCCGCCUGCACCUCGGGCACUGGAUCUGGCGAGCUCGAGGGCCUCUGUAGCUACGCAUGUGCGCUGGGCUUUUGUCCCUCGCAGGUCUGCCAGUGCACGUCACAGGGGCCGCUCAACGUGCCCCCUGACCCCCUGGACGGCGCCAGUGGCAAACCUCGGGCCGGCCUUGUUGACGAGGGUCUUUGCAAUUUUGCGUGCAGCAGAGGAGACUACUGUCCGCCGUCCACAUGCCAGAACACAACGAGCCCCGUGGGGCAGGGGCCCGGAGGACUACCAGGUGGUGUUUUCCUCAAAGGCGCCAUUGCCGAUGGGAACAACUGCUACAUGACCGAUUGUCUUGACAGGGAAAACUUGCAAUACGAGCUGAACCGCGACGGUUGGAGUUCGCCAUCGACGUGGUUCAGAGACGACUGCCGUCCCGGCCAAUACCGGCUCGUCAGGUGUCCCGAGUUCGAGAAUCCCGGCGAGUGCCGUUGGAGUGGAAAGGCCCCCCUUUGCAACGUCGGUUGCGACGUCAACGAGAUCGCCAUCGCCCACUCGGAAUGGGGCGAUGGAGAGCGGCCUUGCCAGCUUGGGCAGCAGUCUCUUUGCUGCAAAUCCAACACCUGGGAACGUCUCGUGGACAGCUGCGAGUGGAGGGUGGAUUGUAUCCGACGCAGCAACCUAGGUUUCAAAAAGUGCACAUGGGCCGAUUGCAUGAGUCGGAGCUGUAAAGAGAAGAACGAGAUCAUUGCCUCCAUCGCGCCAUAUGCAGGUCAGUUUGGUUCGUUCCCGUGUAAUUCAUACCGCGCCCUAUGCUGCGAGCUUCCGACCGAAUCCGACGCGUUCCUACCCAUGCCGCUGGAAUGGCUGUUUCCAACACUGCCGCCGGACGACUACAUGGUUACAUUCACCAUGGCGAACCCGGAGCCCAAGCUGGAGCCCUUUGGCUUCGUUGUCAUCGAUGGACCUCCCGACAAGGUCGUCAGUCUCGACUCGCGAGACGGCUCCCACAUGCACAUUCUGGACCUAGACUGCGAUCCCGCCGUGCUCAAACAUCAAGACAACGAGACGUAUACAGUCCGCUUUGUCUGCACCGACGACUCGGCCGACUCCAACUGCGACGACAUCCACCUUGGCGGCGCAAAAGGAACCAUUGUCAAGCUGCCUUCGGACUGCGGCUUUUCGGGCUACUGCGUUGUCCACACCAUCAAGCCGGUCACUGAUGGUGCUAUUGCCAUGUCCCAUGACCUGCGCGCCAGGGCUCCCCCCAACGCCGCCGUCCACGAGCUGUCCUUUAGCUACGACUUUUCACGUGUCAAGCGUGCAGUUGAAUCUGAUCCCGUCUACAUCCGCAUUGACUAUGGCACCCAAAAUAGCAUGGCUGCCAAGUUCGACCGUCUUGUCUACCAACAAACCUCAUCCGGUUGUUCCCAGAAUGGUUUUCUUUCGGUGCACGCCGAAGGGUACCUGGUCAACCUGUUCCGGAUGGGCAUCACUCUUGUCGGCACCAUUUCGCCCAAGUUCCACAUGGAGGAAGCCCAGGGCUUCUUCGACAGCAUCCUUGUCACGACCGCCAGCAUCACUGUCGACGGCAAGGGCAUCGUCAACAUUCCAGGCACCAGUCCCCGUAGAUCCCUGUUCCCAAGUCCAGUUUCGGACUGGGCCUACAAGGUUCCGGGCAUCGUCGAAAUCAACCCGAGGAUGGACCUCGAGAUUCAGAUGAGCGGAUCCGGCUUCAUGGAUGGGUAA